ACUGUCUCGCCUUUGACAGUGUUGUACGAUCGAAACGUGAAAUUGUUAAGUUUCCUGGAAUUCCUCCAAGCUAGGACACAAUUUCUCACGUGACAUCUCUCGUCCCUUCGAAAACGCGAAGAGCGGAAGCGAGCUCGCGGUGUAUAUUCGCGACGCGGAAGGAACUUAACCUUCCUUCUCUGACCUGACCGAGCACCAAGAAAAAGCGAGAGGUAGUGCGUGAAAAAAGUGCAAAGCUUCGCGAAUUAUAAAUAUAUCUGAAUGUACAGAGGAGAGAGGAAAACUAAUUGAGAACAAUACUCUUUGAAUAAACGCCAAUAUGUUCAGCUGGUUGAGUCGUGAGGAGAAUGGUAAGCAGGACCUCUUUGAAAAUGUCACCGACGGGCUCAAAAGGAUAUACAAGUCCAAGUUAUUGCCAUUGGAGCAACACUAUCAGUUUCAUGAUUUUCACUCGCCACAACUGGAUGAUCCAGACUUUGAUGCAAAGCCCAUGAUCCUCCUAGUCGGUCAAUAUUCCACAGGCAAAACUACAUUUAUCAAAUAUCUAUUAGAGAGAGAGUUUCCUGGCAUUAGAAUCGGACCAGAGCCUACUACGGAUCGAUUUAUAGCUGUUAUGUAUGAUGAAAAGGAGGGCGUUAUCCCCGGAAAUGCUUUGGUUGUUGAUCCAAACAAACAGUUUAGACCACUCUCAAAAUUCGGCAAUGCAUUCUUGAAUAGAUUUCAAUGUUCGACAGUAGGUUCUCCUGUCUUGAAGGGUAUAUCUAUAGUCGAUACACCGGGUAUAUUGUCCGGUGAGAAGCAACGAGUUGACAGAGGAUACGAUUUCACCGGUGUUUUAGAAUGGUUUGCUGAGCGCGUAGAUAGAAUUAUAUUGUUGUUUGAUGCUCACAAACUCGAUAUAUCGGACGAAUUUCGUAGAUCCAUCGAAGCCUUACGCGGACACGAUGAUAAAAUUAGAAUUGUUCUUAAUAAAGCUGAUAUGAUAGAUCAUCAGCAGCUCAUGAGAGUAUACGGUGCAUUAAUGUGGUCAUUGGGAAAGGUGUUGCAAACUCCUGAGGUGGCCAGAGUUUAUAUCGGCUCAUUUUGGGAUCAGCCGCUGAGAUAUGACGUUAAUAGAAGAUUGUUCGAGGACGAGGAGCAAGACUUAUUCAGAGACAUGCAAUCGCUGCCAAAAAAUGCUGCACUGAGAAAAUUGAACGACUUAAUUAAACGAGCCCGUUUAGCAAAGGUGCAUGCAUACAUAAUAAGUGCGUUACGAAAAGACAUGCCGAGUGUAUUUGGCAAAGAUACUAAAAAGAAAGAACUGAUAAAGAACUUGGGUCAGAUUUAUGAUCAAAUCCAAAGAGAACAGCAGAUUUCACCGGGUGAUUUCCCGGAUCUGAAGAAAAUGCAAGAAUGCUUAGCGCAUCACGACUUUAGUAAAUUUAAUCCAUUAAAACCCAAGUUAUUAGAAAUAGUGGACAAGAUGCUCGCCGAAGACAUCGCGAAACUUAUGGCUAUGAUACCACACGAAGAAGUCACCAAAAUUUCGGAACCGCUUAUUAAAGGUGGUGCAUUUGAAGGUGUAGAAGAUCAAGUCAGCCCAUUCGGAUAUAAAAGAGGAGAAGGAAUUGAUGCAGGAGCAGGUGAACCAGAAUGGAUCGUCAACAAAGAGAGAUACAAAUACGACAGCAUCUUCGAAUCGCUCGGACCACAAGACGGAAAAAUCACGGGAGCUGCGGCCAAGUCGGAAAUGGUCAAAUCCAAAUUGCCCAACAGUGUGCUCGGGAAGAUUUGGAAACUUUCUGACAUUAAUAAAGAUGGAUUCUUGGAUUCUGACGAAUUCGCCUUGGCUAUGCAUCUGAUUAAUGUGAAACUUGAAGGUUACGACCUUCCGGCUGAACUGCCAGAUCAUUUAAUACCACCGUCGAAACGCGACAUAUAAUAUACAAUUUUCGUAUCGUAAUUUAUUACGUUUCACACAAAACUGGCUGUAUGUGUUUCAAGAUCCGCAAAGAGACAAGAUUCACAGACUCGUAAGCCACAAAAGUUGUAUCCUUGCGAUCAGCUGUAUCAUAUUCUAUGUGUAUACUGCUGUAUUUGUUUCGAUAAUGUUAAGGCCGGAAUAUAUACAUAUAUAUAUAUAUAUAUAUAUAUAUAUAUAUAUAUAUAUAUAUAUAUAUAUAUAUAUAUAUGUAUGUAUGUAUAUAUAACUUGCAAUUUUUUGACAAAUAUCACUAUAGAAUCGACUGUCAUGGCAUCCUGAAAUGUUAGGAUUGACAUGUCUGUAGAGGGAUAUAUACAUCACUGUCUUUCGAACAAUAUUUCCUCAAAAUAUCUAUGAGGUGAUUACAUACAUACACCCCAAUAUGUAUAAUCAAUCCGUGAUAUUUAGUCGCAUUUGUUUUUAAAAUACUGAUUAAAUCUAUAUAAUCGACGCACCUUGAUACCACCGUAUUUAUGCUUUACGUGAUUUUAUGAUAUUGGAUUACGGAAUGUCGCUGAAAUGAACACUGAAUAUAUAAGAGACUGUACUAAGAUAUACUAAAACAAAUAGUUUUUUCUUCUUAAAGGACAUUACACAGAAUGUUCCUGAGAUGUUCGGUCAAACUUAAAGAAUGUGUUCGUCGAAUGACAGAUAGAUUCGUGCAAAUUUUAACUGUCCGAAAGACAAAGAUAUAUUUCACUUGCGAGGAAUAUAUACGCCAAUAAGUAGCUGUUACGCACGCGCUUAAAACAAUUGAAAUAUGUUUCUGCAAUUGAGUGAAAUCUUUUUGGAAUAUUCCGUGUGUAAAAAUAUAAAAGGGUCGAGAGGAUGAAUACGUGUAAUAAGAAGAUAAAAGACUGGAUUAAAAGCGUGUAGAUUUUGUAUAUCCUAAAGGAAACAACAGAUAUAAGCUCGAAAGUUAUUUUCUCAUUAAUAAUUAGAAGUAUCAAUUUGAUUUUGUAUAACAGCAAGAGGGAAUCUUAGUCUUUUUAUACAAUUCUUGAUCAAUGCGAUCAAAGCAUACCCGUUUUAUAGUGACGGAAAUUCCACCAUACUUAUCUCGUUGUAUUAUUACUUACAUCUGCAAAGAAUGAUACACAUUAUUUUCAAUAGAAAUAUUGAAGCUAUCCGUUCAAACAAACUUGCAUUCGGCAACCAAUGCUUAUUGCAUACACUUAUGCAAUUUUGUUAGAUUUGUAAUUAUUAGAUACCUUUUUUGCAACACCGACCAAAGAUGCAACGUUAGAAUUAUAUAUGCAACAUCGUAAAACUUUUAAGAGAUCAUACUUGUAUAUUGUAUUCCUUGGUAAAAAUCCUACUUAUAAAAAUGUUGAUAUUAAAACGUUGCUUUUCCUAUUUUAUCAGUUAUAAUGUUUACAUGUAUCUCUUAAUCUUUUCAAGUAUAUACAUACACUGCGUAAAGAUGACAAUGACACUAUUUUGUCGAGCUCUCAAUUGCAUUUUUCUAUUAGCACUGCCUCUGCAUGCCGCAAGUUUAUGUGAUAUAAGAAAGUAUAUUCGUGUAUAUAUAUAUUUUAAAAAAGUUUAAUCCAUUUAUACUACCUGAAAAAUAUUUAUCUGAAUUUAUAUUGAAAAGUAAUGUAACGUAAAGAUAACCGGAGUAACGUUAUUUUUGAAAUAAAUAACAUUUUUGCAAUAAAUAACACGACAUGUAACAUAAGGUCUGUGUAAUUUAGCAAUUUAGAAAAAUAUGUUAUGUUAUGUCUAUAGAAUGUUGUGUUAUUUCCAAUCGAUACACAUUCCAAUUCUAAAUAAAUAGGUUUAUUGAACUUUA